CCACCUAGCUUACAGCAGCACACAAAAGUCACGACCGCGACAUGACGAAAGAAAAUGAAUGAUCAGCAUUUUACGUGUGUUCGACCUGAUUGAAGCCUUGUCUUGUGAAAAUUCUACAUUUCUUUGUCCAUGUAUACCCCAUUAGUUGAUUUGUCUAGGCUCAUAUCUUUGUGUUUUGAACUCAUGGGAUCUGCGUCCUUCAUCUAUCAUGGCCUGGUUGGUUGGUCUGGUUUUAUGCAUCUUAUGUUAUCUCUAAUGGUCUAUGAGCACACGUACAGCCAUAUAGCAAUUGGUUCGGUUUACUAUCUAUUUAUAUCUUGCAAGGAUUUUCUGUCUUGGUUCUACUGGGUAGGGUUCGGGUUUAUCCUGGUAUCUUUUGAGCGACUUUCUUGCUGGAUGUCGAUCAGACUUCGACCUGUUCAUUACUGUUGUAUAUCAGAUCACAAACAUACGUGUCAUGACUUUUACUAGAAUGACUACGUAGGUAUUACUAUAAUAUGUACGAG